AUGACCACCAUAGCAGUACUCCAGCGAAUUCUGUCGGUGGAAGGCCUGCCGAAUACUAUCGUCACUGAUAACGGAGCACAGUUCACAUCAUCGGAAUUCAAACAGUUUUGUAAGAACAAUAGCAUUGAUCAUCUUACCACAGCACCGUUCCAUCCUUCAUCAAAUGGAUUGGCGGAAAGGUAUGUACGCACAUUCAAGCAAGCAUUCAAAAAGAUUAUGAUGGAAGAAGGCAACGCGGAAAGAGCAUUGUACACGUAUCUGGCUACAUAUCGAAGUACACCGAAUCCUAGAAAUAGUAAAUCACCUGCGGAAAUGUUGCAUGGUCGACAGCCGAGAACCAUCUUAUCUGCAUUGUUUCCUACCUCAACAACGCCACAUGCAACAAAGAGUAAGUUCACCAUAGGAAAUUCAGUUUGGAUUCGCUCCUACUCUGGACCCCGUUGGAUCCAGGGGAAGAUUAGCAAAGUGCAGGGUAACCGAAUGUACGUCGUCGAAUCGGGAGGUGUGGCUUAUAGGCGCCACCAAGAUCAAAUACGCGCUUAUACUGGGAGGAGUAGAUUGGAAGAAAGCGAUCCGGUUGACAUUGACCUGCAAGCAACGGACGAAAUUUCAAGGGGUGAAAACGAAAUUCCUACCAAUCAUCAACGCGUGGAUCAACAGCCGGAGCAAACUACCGAAAUAAAACCAUUGGGCACCCCACUUCGCCGGUCGGAACGAAUUAGAGCUAAGACUGUUCGAUUUGAUCCUUCAAGUUAUAAUUAA